AUGGGCGAAGGAGGCGGUAGUUAUCGGUCGUUUAGCCAGGGAAACGAACUUCACGGAGCUGACGGAAUUCAUCGUAACCCUACCAUGGUCGCCAGUAGUCACUUCGAACAUCUCACUAAAAUGAGUAGUCGAGAAGAGAGACACCACGCCAAAGAACGAACCUACGGUAUCCCGAGAAGCUCUAGAAAUGCAAACAAUUAUGCAACGUUGGGAAACGUGGCGGACCUAGAUCCCUUAUGUCGUUCGAGUCACGAGCUACCCGCAUGUGAGAAGUUUGUGCAACUGAUGUUCCUGACCGUUGGGAAGCAGCCAGCAUCGCGUGUGCUUUAUCUGUUUGAGCGGCUCACAUCGCACGGCUACUUGGAGGAACCAAAGCAGAUGCAGGGAAAAGGGGUGUCAAAGAAGCUACCAUACCCUCCGGCAUUCUACACGAGAAACGCGGCUACCGGCAGCCCCAAAACCAAACGUAUGUCUACUAUCGCAAUCAACUGGCAAAGUGCGUCUCGAAGUAACAACAGUGGGCAUAAUAACUCCUAA